AUGCCUGCUGUUGUGCUUGAUGGGUUGGAAAAGGAUGGUGCUGGCGAGCCACUUUGUGGGCAAAGCCGAAAUGUCAAAACCAGGAUUUUGAAUCUUAUGGAACGCCUGUCACCCUCGCCCUUUAAAGAGGUCGAGCCCAUUUCGGAAUUGCCCUCACUGUCCACAGCCGCAUCUUCUGCUGAUUUAUAUCCAAAGCCUCCCAUGAAUAAGGUGGUCGGGUGGCAACCUGAUUUGGAUCCAAUUCAAGCCCUCUCCCCAUCCCAAGUCAAUUGCGACCCUUUUUCGAUAUCCUUCUACAGAGUCCCACCAAUCUCUGCCUUCCCACCAAUACCAAGUCAGCCGGCUUCUACUGCUUCUAACUUCGGUCAUAUUCCUGCUGCUCCGAAAUACGAACCAGCUCCAGAUUCAACGCAUCUGGAUCCGACGCCAAGAGGAGUAAGCGAAUCUCCUUAUCAUUCUCGUCUGUUUGCAGCUCCGACAUGCAAUCCGGGAGGCCAACCUUGGCUAGCAGAUCUUUUUGCUGAGUCUACUCGCCAUGAUGGUUCUGUCAGAGACAGAUUUGCUGGAGAUCAUCACAUAUCCGGUCGCCAAUCGGGCAUUUCCGUUCACAGUCAUAGCGAGAGCUUCAACAACAGCCAUACUAGCAGCGGCAUUGACGGCUUCUCCAGUAGAGGGAUCCCUAGAGCUAUUGGGAAUCAGAGGACCUCGGUGUACAUGCAGCGGACGUCGCCUGGGCUAUGCAAGCUUUUUAAGAAAGUUAAAGAUAUGGAACGGCGCCUUGCCAACCUCGAAGCAUUAAUUUCAUAUACCCGACACAAGCCGAACUGUGGACAGGAUUGUGGCUGUCCCUCACAGGUCGAAUGGGCUGGAAUGGACGUGGCCAGCAGGGCGAGUCGAAAGCGACGGAAGGUUGAGCAGCAACAGCCCGAAAGCCCAUCGGAGGACGAAAGAUUUGAUGAUUAUUAA